GGACAACUGUUAGAAGUAAUGUUUCCCUUAAAAGACAUUUUAAAACUAGGAAAACGAAACGCUAAAGGCAUGACAGGAGGGUUCGUAACGAAAGAAACAGGCUUCAAACACAGAGUUUGUAAAGAAGAAAAGCGCUUGUGAACACAUGACCUGCACAUUCUUCAGUCUGGAUUAAACUCAAGCACAUGAUGAUGGAGCUCGUGAUUUCACUCGUCAAAUGCAUGAAUUCACUCCUCCUCUCUCUUCUCUCCUCCAUCAUGGCAUCUCCACGGCUCGAGACUUUCUGUUGUCCGAACCGUGACCCCGCCACAGAGUUCGUCGUCAGUUUUCAGUCGGGAUUCUUCAACUCCAUCUGCAUCUUCAGCUCCAGUUUGAGUUUCAUCUUCUCUGUUCUGCAGCUGUUGCCGAAGCGCAGGAGCUCGAGACGUCUGUCUGCGCAUCCGCAUCCCAAACCAGCAGCAUCAUCCCGCAUCGUGUUCAUCAUCAUCCUGUGUGACGUGUUAGGAUGCGCAGGAAUCGUGGUCAGGUCGUCCAUGUGGCUGGGCUUACCAAACCUGGUGGACAACAUGUCAGUGAACAGCAGUGACGUCUGGCCGCAGGUCUACUGCGUUGGAAGUUCAAUGUGGAUCCAGUUAUUCUUCAGCGCGUCGUUCUGGUGGACGUUCUGUUACGCGGUGGAUGUGUUUCUAGUGGUCAAAAGAUCAGCCGGCAUCAGCACUAUUGUGUUGUAUCACAUGAUCACAUGGGGUCUGACUCUGCUGCUGUGCGUGGAGGGCGUCGCCAUGCUGUAUUACCCCUCCAUAUCCAGUUGUGAGAAAGGUCUUCAGCACGCCGUCCCUCAUUACAUCACCACGUAUGCACCCAUGAUGCUGGCACUGUGUGUGAAUCCUGUGCUCUUCACUGGAACCGUGUCUGCUGUCACAUCUCUACUCAAAGGUCAACAGGGCAUCUACACUGAGAAUGAAAGACGUCUUGGAUCUGAGAUAAAAACAAGAUUCUUUAAGAUAAUGCUGGUGUUCUGCAUUUGCUGGCUGCCCAACAUUAUCAAUGAAAGUUUGUUGUUUUAUCUGGAGAUGCAAGCGGACAUUACAGCCAGCGAUCUGAAAAACAUCCGGAACGCUGCUCUCAUCACCUGGUUUAUCAUGGGAAUACUCAACCCCAUGCAGGGUUUCCUCAACACGCUGGCUUUCCACGGCUGGACGGGGCUGGAUGUGGAUCUGACUCGACAGAGACGCAGGGAUCUGCCCUGGGAUUCUGCAUCCACGUCUGUGGCGGUUGCGGGCGGGUGGGUUAAUCCGAUAGUGGGCUCAACACUGCUGUAUGAAAGCCACGUACAGAAGAACCUGAGCACCAACGGACAUCAUCAACCUUCAGACGCUUUAAGUGUCUUAUCGGAAGGUUCAGAGUCUAGUACAGUAGAAAUCCACAUAUCCAGUGACCAGCGAGAGUCUGAGGACAUAAAACCAGACGGCACAUCACUGGACAAUUCUACAGGCUGAUGGUCAUGUGACCACCGCUUUUAUAUUCUUACACCUGUACAGCACAAAAGAACAUCAUUAAAAGAAACACGAUCGGUUACGACGAAUGCGUGAAGAAAUCAACAUAUGUGUCACAAAUCACUUCAGAUCAUUUCCAGCAUGUUUACAUCGCCUUUCAAAUUCAAUAUGAAUGAAUCAAAAUGUAAAAUGAUUUGGCCAUAUCUGUCUUUGAAGACUGUUUUGAUUCCUUCAUGAAAAGACCGUAAUGUUUAUAAAGUUAUUAGGGAUGUAACAAUAUCAAAAUCUAAAUUUCUAAAAUAGAACAUUUUUCUAACAUUCUCUAUGUUAGACCUGGAAGACCCAUCGUUUCAUACAUCAUGUGACCGCCAUAAUAUUGAGACGAUUUUGCUAUCGCGAUAUUGAUAAUAUCAGCACAUAUGAAUGUAGAAAUGUUUGUUGCACAUGUUUUACUAGUUUUAUACUUCAUUAAAUAUAUUCUUUUUAAAACACUUUCUCCUUAGAUAAGUGUGUGUAGUUUUAAUCAUCACAGUCAAUAUUUAUUGCAGUUGUGUUUGGUGAUGUAUCUGUGAUAAUCAUCAGUGAAAUAUAUAACAU